AUGAUUGACCGAUUUACUCGUUGGCCGGAAGCUAUUCCAUUACAGGAUUGUACAGCAAACACGGUAGCAAAGAUGUUUUUCACUCACUGGGUAGCCAGAUUCGGAGCUCCACGCUUGAUCACGACCGAUCAAGGCUCGCAAUUUGAAGCGCAGCUGUUCGACACAUUAACUAAGCUCAUUGGCUCUAAACGUUGUCGGACAACUGCAUACCACCCGGAGUCUAAUGGCAUCAUCGAGCGAUGGCAUCGCUCUCUAAAAACAGCAUUAAUGUGUCACGGCGAAACUCAAUGGACUGAUACACUGCCAAUAAAAUUAUAUAAUUGCUCGCACGUUUUCUGCAGAGUUGAAGGCAACAGACGUCCUCUGGAUCAACCAUAUACCGGACCGCAUAAAGUACUAGAGCGCAUCUCGGACCAAGUCUUCGCCAUUGAAAUCGACGGCAAACCCAUCAAUGUCACGGUCGACAGACUUAAGCCCGCGUACGUACUAAUCCAAGACUCGGAAACUCUUCCGUCCACUGCAUCUUCGUCUUCAACUGACAUUCCAAUGCAAGGAGGGGAGUACUGUGGCGUUGCGAGCGUUAGUUGCGGCGCUGCGAACGUUAGUGGCGGCGCUGCAUGCGUCUGUCGCGACGCUGAUACGGUCGUUCUUUCCAUGACUCUUCCCAUUCUCUCUCUGGCGUCAUGGCGUGCAGACCUCGUGUAA